CAAAAAACAAAAUAUUCUUAUAAAGAAGAAAAAUAUCAAUUUUGUAUGGCGAAUAAAUAUUGGGAUAAGCUAUGUUAUUUUAUUUUCGCUUUAAUGCCAAAUUUAUCCUAUUUUGGCAUUAAGUUGGUGAAACGUUGGUGACUCCUGGAAGGCCAACAAAGAACAUUAAUCUUGUUGUCGCCAAACCAUAUUUUGUGGCUUUGGCUGUAUGCCAGGCUACUCGAUCCUGUAAAAAAAUGUAAUUUUGGCAACAUCCAGUUUUUCGAUACUUGGCAGCAGUCUAUUUUGCAUGUAUUUGUUGAUAUUUUGCAGCAUUUACAGUGUUAUCAAUAAAUUUAAAUACAGCGUUAAAUCAUAACUCCUUUAGAACGCUUUACCGUGUGUUUUAGGCAAUCCUUGUGUGAAGGCUCAUGUUUAAUGUGAAUAACUCGUUUUAAAUAUUACCCUGAACCAAUAUUCUACAGACCAAAACAGCCUUGUCGUUGCCAACAAACUAAUUUUGGACGGUCCGGACUUUUAUCUUUUUUCUAAAAUAUUUCCAGUUUGGUGAUUUAGGAAUAUUAAGUUUAUCUGCCACUUCACGUAUUGUUUUACUAUGAGAUUAAUUUUAAACACUAUCUCAUAAAUUUCACUAGUAAAUUUUUGUGUUUUUGAUUGAUAAUAUUUAAGAUUUCAAGUAGGUUAAGAUCGAAAAUAGUUAACUUGGAAACUGGCAACGUAAAAGCGAGAUGGACGGAAUUCAAAUUUUAUGGUUGAUUUUUGUUGUUGCAUUGUUGGUUUAUAAAUAUUUUAAAAACUACAUCAGGUCGGUUUUGUUGGCUCUUUCUUUGCCAGGACCUAAGCCCAUUCCACUUCUAGGUAACGUUUUAUUAGUUGCCAAAAGCUCUGCAUUAGUGAACUUAGGUUUAACAGUGUUUGCUUCUUACGGGAGGAUUUUCCGAGUUUGGGUGUCAUGUUUACCAUUUUUCUGUAUCUACGAACCCGAACAUCUUCAACAUGUUUUAAGUUGUAGUAAAAAAACGGAAAAGAACAUUUUAUACAAACUAAUGCACAAUUUUCUUGGAGAAGGGCUCAUUACUAAUAACGGAGACAAAUGGAGGUUGCACCGAAAGUUAAUUCAACCCUUUUUCCAUUUAAAUAUUUUGGAAAUGAAUCUGCCAUAUUUUAUUCAAGGCGCUCAGGAACUCGUUGAUAGGUUGAAGAAUAAAAGUGACGUAAACAUUACAACGUAUGUUAACGAAACUGUUUUAAACAUAUUAAACAAAUCCGUUUUGGGAAUAAAUCCGGCUGAAGAUUCGCCAUAUCGAAAGGGACAAAUAACUAUUCUGUACCGCACAACCAGACCUUGGUUGAUGCUGGAAUCACUUUUCAAAUUUACCUCUGCCUCCAAUAUGGAGGAUCAACAAAAAUCUAGUCUUCACGCUUACACUAGAAAAAUUUUAGAAGAACGUAAACAAUCUGCUAAUCUGGAUAAAAACAAUGUUUGUUUACUGAACAUGAUGUUAACCGAAUCUGGUAAAGAUGAUUCGAGUUUUACAGAAGAUGACAUUAUUAAUGAACUGUGCACUUUUAUGCUUGCUGGUCAAGAUUCGACCGGUACAGCAUUAGCUUGUGCUUUGCGGACUAUCGCUCAACACCAAGACGUACAAGAGAAAAUAAUGCAAGAACAAAACUCAAUAUUCACUACUAAAAACGAACAAAUUACUCUAGAUCACCUCAACAGCAUGAAAUACUUAGAGCAAUGCAUCAAAGAGAGUUUAAGACUUUAUCCUCCAGUUCCGAUGAUCUCCAGGAUAUUAACCCAGGAUGUUAAAAUAGAUAAAGAUAAUUGUUUGCCUGUCGGUUCCAACGUGUUUAUUUGCCCGUUUGUAACACAUCGAUUGCCUCACGUAUUUAAGGAUCCGCACGUCUUUAAUCCGGAUAGAUUUUCUUCGGAAGGAACUGCAAAAAUGCACCCAUACGCCUUUUUGCCCUUUGGUUUAGGUCAGAGGCAAUGUAUUGGGUAUAAAUACGCUUAUUUGGAACUGAAAACCAUUUUAUCGAUAUUUCUGAGAAGUUACCACGUAUCUUUGGCUGAAGAUAGUGAAGUUAGUUUGAAAUACAGGGUUACAUUAAGGAUUAAAGGAGGUGUCAAAUUACAUAUUGAACCUAGACAGAACAGUUUAGAUAAUCGAUGUCUUUAAAUUUGGUACUUUUAAUGUUAUUAAUAAACUUUUUUUAAGCAAA